CCCGGUAGUUAAAGUUGUCUAACAUGGCUAGUCGCAAGAGCAAUAAGAAGACCCAGGGAGAGACUGACAAAUAUUCCGUGCUGUUGCCGACAUAUAACGAGCGGGAGAAUUUACCUCUCAUCGUGUGGCUGCUGGUGAAAUAUUUUGGCGAAAGCGGCUACAACUACGAGAUUAUUGUGAUCGAUGACGGAAGCCCUGAUGGGACAUUGCAGAUUGCGGAGCAGCUACAGAAGAUAUACGGAGAGGAUAAGAUUGUCUUGAGACCAAGAGCAAAGAAACUGGGUUUAGGGACUGCGUACAUCCACGGCAUUAAGCAUGCUACUGGAAACUUCAUCAUCAUUAUGGAUGCUGAUCUGUCUCAUCAUCCAAAAUUUAUUCCAGAAUUUAUUGAAAAACAGAAAGAAUGUGGGUAUGACCUAGUGUCUGGAACGAGGUAUAAAGGAGACGGAGGUGUUUAUGGAUGGGACCUGCGGCGAAAGCUCAUUAGCCGAGGGGCGAAUUUCAUCACACAAGUCCUGCUGCGACCUGGAGCAUCAGAUCUGACAGGGAGCUUUAGGCUCUAUAAGAAAGACGUACUGGAGCACCUGGUAAAGCAUUGUGUGUCUAAGGGCUAUGUUUUCCAGAUGGAGAUGAUUGUUCGUGCUCGACAGCUAGGGUACAGCAUCGGCGAGGUUCCAAUCUCAUUUGUGGACCGUGUUUAUGGAGAGUCCAAGCUGGGGGGUAAUGAAAUAGUCUCUUUCCUGAAAGGACUGCUUACUCUUUUCGCUACAACGUGAUUCAGUCACUGGCUUUGUGACCAUCUGUGUAAUGUGGCAAGUUCAUACCAUCUACUUCAUAGCCACACUACACUCACCUACUGCACUCUGCCUAAUGGUUCUAGUGUAAUUUAAGAUGUCAUGUUUGCAAACUGUAGCUGGCACUACAAAUUACAAUCUGGUAGGAAGUUUUGCUUUGACCAUUUUUUUUUUUUAACAAAGUUUUCUUUCCUGAACACAUAACCUGCCACAGUUUAUACAUUAUGUUUUCAGUUUCUUGCAUAGCCUGCACAGUGCUGCUAAGAGGACCUGCACCCCAUAAGUCUCAGAAUGGAUAUCAUGACCAAAUUUGCAUGAAUUUUUCAUUUAUUGAAAGUAAAAAAAAAAUUAAAACAAACUUUUUUGUGAAGAUAUUUUUGUGAUUAACACGUUUUGUUGUAAGACCUUGAGUCAGAUGUUACAAGAGUUGAAAAAGUGAGAAGAAUGCUGAAAUACAAAUGUUGCUAAUAAAUAAAAGAAUAAAAAAAAAA